UGCCUGCCUGCAUUCGUCGCAGUGCAUCGAGAAGAGAAACGUCAAGUGUCAAGGUUACAAAUUUCGCGUUUCCCAAAUUCCUGUAUUUCCAAGUGUUCUAACAAACAGCCCCCCGAACACUCAAGCGCUCAUUCUCCAGUGACCUCCUCGCGAUAAUGAGCCCCGCAAGUGCGUAGUCAACCCUCAAUCAUGAAUUGUUUAUUCGUGCUAGAAGGACCAGUUUUAACAAAUAGGUGAAAGAAGAAAUGGAUGAUUAUGAUGAAGAUGAGCCCAACAUCGAAGAACAAGAGUUCCACAAUAACGUGCGGGAACAAAUCAUCUUUCUGCUGCUCUUCCUCCUCCUGUACCUGCUGAGCUUCGCCCUCCUCGGCCGCUUCAAACGCAAGGGCCGCGAGGACUACUACAGUACCGACGAGGAUGAGGUCACUGUCUACCGCAUCAGCACCUGGUUAUGCACUUUCUCGCUGGCCGUGUCCAUCGGGGCGGUGCUCCUCCUCCCCAUAUCCAUCAUUUCGAACGAGGUGCUCAUCAUCUACCCCAACAGCUACUACAUCAAAUGGCUGAACAGCUCACUCAUACAAGGACUGUGGAACUACAUUUUCCUUUUCUCGAACCUCUCCCUAUUCGUCCUUCUACCCUUCGCCUACCUGUUCACCGAGUCGGAAGGGUUCUUUGGACACCGGAAGGGACUGACUGCGAGGGUGUACGAAACGUUCAUCGUUUUGGCCCUCUUGGGGAUGGUUGUUCUGGGGAUGACGUACGUCAUUUCGGCACUAAUCGACAGGGAUAAGUCGAGCUUUCAGACGCUACUGAAUUUGUGGAGCUACUACUUACCGUUUCUGUAUUCCUGCAUAAGCUUUCUGGGAGUGGUGAUGCUUCUCGUUUGCACCCCUCUCGGUUUCGUCCGCCUCUUCGACGUCGUCAGUCAGUUCCUCAUCAAACCCCAGUUCCUCCGCGACAUCAACGAGGAGUUCUACGCAUGCGCGCUGGAAGAAGAAUGCCUGCGAAGAAGACUGAAACAUGCCCAAAACACCGGCAAGUACUACGUCAGUCCGGCGCCCAUGUCCACGGGAAUCAACGGCCCCUUCGUGGACGACAACUUCAAGCUCCCCGACAACCUUCUGCGACUGCGCAACGGCGAACUCCAGUCAGGACUCGGUUCCCGUCUCGUGGAACUCGAAACGCGACGAAAAAUAUUGGACAAACAGCGUCACACUUCGUUUUUGCGAAGGAACGUCUUGCACCCCGUCGCCAUGAUCCUCCUAAUUGGUCUGACAGUAAUCGCCGUUUUAUUGGUAGUCCAGAACACGCUGUCUCUUUUGAUAGGCAUCAAAGCCCUCCCGCUGAGCUCGAAGCAAUUCACUCUCGGUGUGAGCUCGCUGUCUAAACUGGGCCCGUUCGGAGCAGCUCUGGAAAUCGUUCUAAUCUUGUACCUGAUAGCGACUUCGUCGAUCGGCCUCUACACAGCCCCGGUCAUGUCAAGAAUCCGACCUAGGCCGAAAAGCACGCCAUUUUGUCUCGUCAUAGGAAACUGCGCCGUCGUGCUGGUGCUCAGCUCGGCGCUGCCGCUGCUCGCCAAGAUUCUAGGUAUCACCAACUUCGACUUGCUCGGCGACUUUGGCAGCAUCGAGUGGCUAGGGAACUUCCAGAUCGUGCUGCUGUACAACCUGUCGUUCGCCGCCGCCUCCACUCUGUGCGUCGUGAACAAGUUCACCGCCAAAGUGAGAAGAGAACUGUACGCUCGAAUGUCGGUUUUUCUGGGAGUGUGUGAACCACCCGUAUCCGUCCCAAACACACCAAGGCCAUCUGUGGUCAAGUUUGCCUAAUGUCCAAUAUUUGGAUCAGCUGUUUAGUUUUAGCCAAUGAUGAGAUAUAUCAACGUUUCUGUGAUUGUAGAGUAGAAUCUUCGAAAGGCUGAGUACACGUGUGACGUUGUGGAUACUGCACACAAGUCUGUUAAAUGUUUGUAUUUCUAGUCUAAGAUGUAGGUUAGAUGUUAUACAUACAUAUUGUGUAUUGCCUUAUUUAUGUAUUACUUCUAAGGGAUUUUAUCAAAUAUAUUAAUUUAUAUGCA